UUAGAUGAUCUUCAAUUAGCUGCUAUCGUUCGAAAAUAUGGUGCAGAAUUUGAAGCACGUGAUGAAGAUGGUCGUACACCAUUAAUGAUUGCUGUUUGGUCAUCUAAUUAUAAAAUUUGUCAGUAUAUGUUAGAAACUAUUGGUGUAGCACCAAAUGUUAUCGAUUAUCAGGGUGCAACAGCAUUAAAUAUAGCAGCAAAUAAUGGACAACGUGAUAUUGUUAUGCUACUGCUAAAAUUUGGUGCUGAACCAUCAAUAUGUGAUAAUUUAGGUCGUUGUGCAUCAGAUGUCGCACAACUUGCAGGACAUGAACAUAUCAGGCAAAUCCUGAAAAGUGCUAGCGGUUCAGCGGAUAGUUCCGGAUUUGGUUCAUUACCAAGCAGUCCAACGCAACAAUCAAAAGCUAAAUUUUUUUUGCAACAACGAAAUAUGGGAUCGUUGAAAUCAAGCAAUAAUUCGCAUGGUAUUACAACAAAAAGUAAUACCUUACAAAUUACUCAUUAA